AAAGUAUUAAGAUAGUGAAUAUUCAAGUGUUGUGGCAGUGGCACGCACAAACACAAACAAAAUUCUCACGAGACCAUUUAUUUAUGACUUUAAUGUGAAUGGAUAGGCACCGCCUUCCCACUAGCGAGAGCUAGAGUCAAAACUUGUAGUCCACAAAUUCCCAACUCAACUUUUCCACCACUCCACUUUCCAAUGGGCGCCUCCGUCGCGGAAGCCCACAACGUCCGCGUCCUCGGCGGCGGCGACACCAUCGUGGUCCUCGGGCACGGCUUCGGCACAGACCAGUCCGUGUGGAAGCACCUGCUUCCCCACCUGGUUGACUGCUACAAGGUCAUCGUCUACGACCAGAUGGGCGCCGGCACCACCAACCCCGACUACUUCGACUUCGACCGCUACUCCACUCUCGAGGGCUUCGCCUACGACCUCCUCGCCAUCCUCGACGAGUUCAACGUCCACAAAUGCAUCUACGUCGGCCACUCCCUCUCCUCCAUGGCCGGCGCCAUUGCCUCCAUUUUCCGCCCUGAUCGCUUCCACAAGCUCAUCAUGCUCUCCGCCUCCCCAAGGUUCUUGAACACAGCGGAUUACUUGGGAGGUUUCGAGCAGGAGGACAUCGACCAGCUGUGCGGCGCGAUGGAGACGAACUACAAGUCGUGGGCGUCGGGGUUCGCGCCGCUGGUGGUGGGCGGCGACAUGGAGUCGGUGGCGGUGCAGGAGUUCAGCCGGACGCUGUUCAACAUGCGGCCGGACAUAGCGCUGAGCAUGUUCAGGACGAUAUUCACGUUCGACCUGAGGCACUUCCUGGAGCGCGUGACGGUGCCCUGCCACAUCAUCCAGAGCUCCAAGGACCUCGCCGUACCCGUCGCCGUCGCCGAGUAUCUCCACCAGAAUCUCGGAGGGAAGUCCAUCGUCGAGGUCAUCCCCACCGAGGGCCACCUGCCUCAGCUCAGCGCGCCGGACCUCACCACCCCCGUGCUGCUGCGCCAUAUACACCAUGAUAUUCUUCAUGAUUGAGAUUCGCGCCGCCACCGCCGCCGCCGCCGCCCACAACUUUUUCUCAUACAUCGCAUAUCUAAUUCUUGCUAAUGUUUGUCCUUGUUGGAAAUUGUGGCAACUUGUAUGCAGAUUCUCAAUAAUAUUGUCACCCUGUUUUUUACAGCUAGCCAGCUGUACAUAUAUUCUAAUUUCGAUGUUCCGUUU